AGUUUUGUGACACUCGAACAACUUUUUUUUCUCUUUAUUUAUUAUACUUGCAUCCGAUGUUACAAUAUUGUUAAUUCAACAAUAAUUAGAAUGUGACGUGGGUUCUUAUCGGCAAUAUACUUAAUUUUAAAUCCAGUUUUUGUCUUACAAUAAUUUUAACUCAAUGUUUACGUGUCAAACGCCAAUAGAAAAUUAGGAAUCGUCAUCAAUCUAAUACCAAUUAUCUGCCAUCUAACAGUCAUAAGGCCGGGCUGAACAAGAGAUAAGAUUCACUGGAAAAUUUAGUGCAUUUCACAAUAUAAAUAAAAGUAAAAUGAGUGACGAAAAAUUGUUGUCAUCGAACGGAGCUCGAGCUCUUAUCUUAGUCGGUGGCUACGGAACUCGUUUACGUCCAUUGACUCUAAGUCGCCCGAAACCAUUAGUGGAAUUUGCUAAUAAACCAAUAUUGAUGCAUCAGAUUGAAGCGUUAGUCGAAGUGGGAGUGAAACAGGUGAUAUUAGCUGUGUCCUAUCGAGCCGAACAAAUGGAAACCGAAUUGAAAAGGGAAACGAAAAAGCUUGGAGUUGAAUUGAUCUUUUCGCAUGAAUCGGAACCGUUGGGAACAGCUGGCCCGUUAGCACUUGCUAAGGAAAUAUUGUCACAAAGCUCGGAACCAUUUUUCGUCUUGAAUUCGGACAUAAUUUGUGAUUUUCCGUUCAAAGAAUUAGAAACAUUCCAUAGAAAUCACGGCAAAGAAGGUACUAUUGUGGUGACUAAAGUCGAAGAACCUUCCAAAUAUGGUGUUGUGCUGUAUAGUCAAAAUGGUUGCAUUGAAAGUUUCAUUGAGAAACCGCAAGAAUUCAUAAGCAAUAAAAUCAAUGCAGGAAUUUACAUUUUCAACACGUCGGUCCUAUCUCGUAUCGAACUAAAACCUACCUCAAUUGAGAAGGAAGUAUUUCCGUUUAUGGCCACCGAUAAAGAACUGUAUGCUUUCGAACUGCCCGGUUUCUGGAUGGACGUCGGUCAGCCAAAGGAUUUUCUUACCGGAAUGUGUUUGUACAUGACAUCGUUACGUCAAAAAAAUUCCACCGCAUUGAGUUCACGAACCGGCAUCGUAGGUAAUGUCCUAGUCGAUCCUACAGCCAAAAUUGGAAAUGAUUGCCGUAUCGGUCCGAAUGUAACAAUUGGCCCGAAUGUCGUGAUCGAAGACGGAGUCUGUAUCAAACGGUCAACUCUGCUGGAGGGUUCAAUAAUCAGAAGUCAUGCAUGGUUGGAUAGCUGUAUAAUCGGUUGGCGGUCAACAGUUGGUCAAUGGGUGCGUAUGGAAGGGACUACAGUGUUGGGCGAAGAUGUAAUCGUUAAGGAUGAGCUGUACAUUAACGGUGGACAAGUACUGCCGCACAAAAGCAUAGCAUCGAGUGUUCCGGAUCCGCAGAUCAUUAUGUGAAUAGUGUCAAAUGGGUUCCACUCCGUAGAUAUACAUACACACAGCACAGAACAUAAAAAAUUAAAUUUUUAUAUAUUUUGUAAUUCUCUUCAAAUUUCGUUUUCUAACUAAGCGGUACGACUUUUCCCCGGCUUAUCCGAGGAUACGAACAAUUAUGUCGUAAUGAAAUCACAAAAAUUCAUGUUGUUUACAGAACAAUUGAAAUUUUUUUUUAAUUAAACUUAUCGCGCCAUA